AUGGCCAAUAAAGCUACUUUUACCGACAAAGGCACCCUUCAAAGAGGGAAGGCUUGCUUACGAUGCAGAAAACGGAAAAUGAGAUGCGACGGAAAUCGACCGGCCUGCCAACAAUGUACACACGCUAAAAAACCAGACGGUUGUGAGUACGAUGAUGGUAAAGGCAAGACGCGUACACAGCUCCUACGCGAGACCAUUCAGCAGCUGCAACAACGAGUACGUGAACUGGAAGAUCCGGAAUACAUCUCUCCCGCUGUGAUGCUUCACGAUCCUCAUCCUCCCAUGUCCGAGUCAUCCUCUUCGUCCUAUGAUUCCGCUGGGAGCACACCGAUAUCGAUCUCACAUUCCCCAUACCCUUCAGGUAUGAGCUCACCUUCCGAAACGUGGACACACCUUCCUGUCUCCUCUCCCUCUCCUUCGCCUUUCAUGAGUGAUAUCUUCUUUGAAGGCCCGCGAUCGUAUCAAUCUUCUUUUGAUCUCGGUCCGAUCUUAUUGGAUAUCUUCUCGCCUCACCGUCACCAAUGUGGCCUUGGUAUACAUAUGGGCCACCUCAGGGAGAGCUUAAAUUUGUCACCGGACGAACAAAGACAUCCAGCGCUUAUGAAUUCCAUCUACCUUUGGGCCUGUUUUGUUUCUAGGCCCAAGCCUUUAAGCCAGCACGAAGAAAGCUUUUUGUCACAGGCCUUGGAUGGUGUCCGUGAUGGUCUUCGUAAAGGAGAUAAACUUCUAGAUGUCAUACAGGCCUCAUGCCUUUUGUCGCUUUAUUUCCUUGCGAACGGACGUUUAGUGGAGGGCAGCUUUCAUGCUAGCGCAGUAGCUGCUUUAGCUGUCCAAUGUGGUCUACAGACCGCGGUCUCCGGCGAAGGUUCCUACAACCCAUCUUCGUCUAGGGAAAGACUUGACCUGGACCAUAUCCGACCUGGUUACCAAGACGGGGAACGCGUACUGACAUUUUGGCAAGUUUAUAAUUUAGACUCUUGUUGGUCUGUCGCCCUCCGAAAACCGCGUGUAGCUCUCGACUCUGAAGACCCGUGGACUUCAAUUGACUGUCCUUGGCCUCAAGACAUCACUGACUAUGAAUCUGGGAAUGCAACUGUGAGCAAUGGCUUUCCAACGGUGAAAACGUUCUUGCAGGGCGACGUUUCCGGUGGAUUUUCAAUGCAGACUUGGAGGGCCAAGGCAUCUGCCAUAUUUUCGCGUGCUGACCAGCUAGCGGCAAGUUGGAGAUACAGACUCUCUGGAGUCACCUAUCCUGAGGAAUUUCAAGUCCUGGAACUUACCAUCAACCGUUUCCUACCGACAAUACUACCGAUACAUCAACUGAACGCUACGAUUCUCGAGGAGAAGCAUACACUCAUCGUUGUGCAUACGUUAAUACAAGUCUCUGUACUUAUGUUGUAUCAAAGAUUCGCGCAAGAUGAUCCCGUUACCUACGACAAAUGCUCCGCCGCUGCUAAAGCUUGCGUCGCUAUCACAAAAUUCAUCUCCGAACAAGAUUAUGAUUACCUCGAUCCCAUAAUUGGAUCGUGUUGGACAACCGUCGCCGAGUGGCUCAUCUGUGAAAUUACCAACAUUGAAUCUGCUUGGGCACUCUCUAUGACUAGCACGGACGUUCGUAAUGACAUCUCCACUAUCUUGUACGCCAUGACUACUCUUAAUGCACGGUUCCCCGUACUAGGUAUGAAUCUCUCAUACUCGUUUUCUGCACGCUUGUCCCAUUAUAAUCCUCCAAGGUAUAUCGAUAUCAAAGAUACAAAAAAGGAUGGCUGA